GAGAGGAGCGGCGCUGCCGUUUGAAAGACGUUUACAGGAGACGGGCAGGAAGAGUGAGAGUCAGGGGGAGCGGAUAUGUUUACUGUAUAGGGAUUUUACGGGUUUAUACGGGUUUAAUUCGGUUUCUGGACAGUUUUAGAGGCUGGACUUCGGUGGUGUGAAAAUGUUGGAUAGGUAGAAUUAGAGAGAACUGCUUUUAAACCGCUCAUUUUAUUCCUAACAACAGUAACGGUAGGUAGCUUAGUUAGCCAAGUUAGCUAAGCUAACUAACAGUGGGUCAACGAACAGAAGCGUAACUCUGAGGUAAUUAGCCUGAUAGCUAGCUUAGUUUGUUGGCUAGGUUUGCUAUUACAGUAUUUUAUUUUCAGGCGCACUCUGAGUUGAGUUUAUUUUACCUCAUUUUUGAAUGUCUGAAGUUUUUAAUUUAGGCUAAGAACAUCGCGCGGACCAAGCUAAUAGAACCUCUUUAGCUAGCUUAAAAAGAAAACCUAGCUAACGCUAGCUAGCUAGCUAAUUGUUUAUUGACCCGACUGCUGUUCCCUGAGCGGCUGUAUCUGUAGCUACUGUGGAACCGUCUGUCCCCAUUCAGCUCCAUUGUUUUAGGGUAAAGUUAUUCCUGGUCAGUUCUCACGGACUGAGGAACUUCUGUAGCUAAGUUUACUAACUAAAGCAGAAUGAAAACGGUGGAGAGAAACGUGGUGCGCCUGGCUGUGGUGCAGCACCUCCGUGCAACCUAUGGAAUAAAAAUUAAAAACUGGAAUAAAAGCAAAACGAGCAGCAGCAGCAAGCUGACAGCAGGCAACUCGAUAAAGGUCUUUGGAGUUGCUUUAGAAAGUCUGCCACAUUGUCAUGUGCUAGACUAUGGAGAUAUACCCUGCUUCCUUGUGGAUGCCUGUACAUGCCUUAUGUCUCAUUUGGACACAGAGGGCCUGUUCAGAAAAUCUGGUUCCAUUGUUAGAGUGAAGGCGAUUCGGGCUAAGUUGGAUCAGGCUGAGGAGUGUCUGUCCACUGCCCUCCCACUGGACAUCGCUGGGCUUCUGAAACAGUUUUUCCGGGAGCUGCCUGAGCCAAUCCUGCCCACAGACCUGCAGAGUGCCUUUCUAAAAGCCCAGGAGCUGCCCACCUCCGAGGAGAGAACAUCGGCCAUCAUCCUGCUGUCCUGUGUACUGCCUCAUGGCAAUGUCAACAUUCUGCGCUACUUUUUCAGCUUUCUGAACAGAGUCUCUCAGAGGUGUGGGGAAAACAAGAUGGACAGUGGCAACCUUUCUGUUAUCUUUGCUCCAAACCUCCUCCACUGUGGAGAUGGGACAGAGAAGAUGAGCACGAGUACAGAGAAGAAACUAAAACUUCAAGCUGCCGUGGUGCAGUGCCUUAUUGAUAAUGCUGAAGACUUGGGUGUGGUACCAGAGUUCCUCAUCGCCAAAGUUCCAGCCAUGCUGGGAUGUGAGUCUGGAGUAUUUUCCCCAGCGGAUGCUGCGGAGGAUGGAAAUACACCUUCAGGGGUGAAAAGAUGCAGGCGCAGUUUUGGAGAUGUUGUAAACGGCGCUCUGAGUAUAUUAAAAACUAGUAGAACUCCCUCUCGUACACCUCAGUCUGACGGAGCAGUUUUUUCCACUGACACGCCAGUUAUCAUAACGCCCAAGCGCAAACUUCCCAUGGAGUCGGGGCAGAGUUACGGAUUCUCCAACAAGAAGCGGAGGUCUCUUAAGAAGAAUCUCGGUCUGGAGCUGUUUCCCAAUCCUCUGUUUGGAGGAGGUUCCACACCUGGAUCAGUGCACAGUGCCUCAGGAACCCUGGACUCCUCUCGGAGUGGAAUAUCCUCUGUGGGGAGAAUCAGUCGACUGUCUGCAAGCUCUUCAAGAAGAAGGAGCAAAAGACUGAGCCACAGAAAUGUUAAUCGAGUGGAAUCUGGGAAAGCCGGCUGCUUUUCUCCAAGAGUGACAAAAAAAGAGGCGACCAGAAAGUCUUUGCGUCUGCGCUUUAGCCUCGGGAAGCCCAGUCGAGAUUGUAGUGUCUUAUCACAUUCUCAGCCGGUGCCAAAGGGGUCAGAGGCCAUCGGUUGGCGUCUAGCAACACAAGAGAGCGUCACCACUUUUCACUUCACCAAAGAUGCUGCAUUUAGUCCGGCUGUUUUGAGAAACGGCACUUCAACAGGCUCAAAGUACAUCAGUAAGUCUGAAGACAACCUGCUGACCCCAUGUCCCUCUAUGGAGCCGGGGACCUCUUUUUGCAGGAAGGAGACUCCAGAUAGCGGAACACAGAUCUACACGGGGAGCUCUUUCUCCGACACGCCAAUGAGCUCCUGCCUCAAAUCCGCCUACCGCUCAGAACCGAUCAUUGUCGUCACCAAACCACCUACAGUCGGUAACCUUCCAAAGAGCCUGUGCUGUGCUACCAGCUCUGAGAGCCUGGCGAGUUCUGAGUCCUGCACUGAGGAGCAGCGCUUUCAUACGGGUCCUACUCUUCUGAGAAUUAAAGGAGAUGUUGAUGAGUCUGUAGGUGUUUUUCAUACGUCUGAUGGUGAUCAAACAGAGGAGGAGCCUAAAGAGAAAGUAGAUGAAAAUGCUAAUGAUACUGUUGCUUCUUCUGAGCCUUGUGUACCUUUGGAAAAUACACCUAUAUCCACCGUACGUAAAACACAGCGCUUAGCAGAUGAUCCUGAUGUCACCUUUGGACAGAUUGAGAUAGUUCCCUUGUCUCCUUUGCACAUAGACAGUGCUCUGUUUGAGACGUAUGAAGCAGGAAGUUCUGCAUCUCUGAAAAACACCAGUGUUGAAAGUGUUGAGCAGGAAAGCAGCUCCUUGAUUCAAGACAACUCAACAAGUUCUGAAAACUGCAGCAGCAGCCGCCUGAUCGACGCUCUGGACAUCCAAAGUCCUGUGGUUUUUAGACUCAACAGCUCCAUCACGGUUCAGUCUACACCCUUUACUGCAAGAGAGCAAAUAAGAGAACUCAACAGCUCGCAGAUACCAGAGUUUAAAGAGCCGUCGCUUGCAGAAACAUCUGAAUCUUCAAGUGAAGACAAACCGCAAGAACCUCCUCCUCUAUGUCCGGCUCAAAUCCGCCACAUGAAAGUGGCUGAUCAUAUCCAGCGCUUUAACAUGAUGACUCUAAAAUCGCCUAAAAACAGAGCGUCACGGUCUCCCUUGAAGUUCCAGCGCACUCCAGUUCGGCAGUCAGUCAGGAGGAUCAACUCUCUGCUGGGUCAGAGGAAGGAGAACCGCUCUGGAUGGUGCGCCACCAGUCGAGGACCUUCAGUCAUGAAGUCUUUGAGUUUAGAAUGUGGUCUGUCCACUGGAGCCACGACUCAACAAAGUAAAGUUCAUGAUCAAGAUCAAAAUCAAGGCAUUGUGGCAUCUUCUGGACAGAAUGUGGUUAAAGAUGUUGUUGAUGAGGCUGUCGCAGCUGCUGUUCACCAAAAACUAAUGACCCCCAACAAGUCCACUGUGAGGCACUGUGCCCUGGGAGAUGUGACCAAUACCAUGGCAAAGGCUCAACCAAGAGCAAAAGCUGAUGCCCACCAUACUAAAAGCGCUCAGGCAGAAUUUCCAAAGCCUCUCCUGCUUCAAACAUCUGACAGAGACACAAGUCACUACAGGGGUUCACCCAGAAACCCACUGACGCAGGGGAAACUGCUCUCAGCUACCAAACCUGUAGACCUUUAAGACGUUAAGAUGUUAAGGUGUUUGUCUAAGACUGCGGUGCUUCACAAAUCUGUGAGCUUUUACUUUUUCUGCACUAUUUACAGACAGAUUGGUGCCUUCAGCUUUUGCCUUCGCAGCUCAAACUUAUAUUUCCAGUUAAUCUCAUCUAUUCUUAAUUUAUUUCGUGACGAGUUUAGAGAUUUGGUAGAGAGUUCUUGGUUGAUGGUUGACGAUUGAUGGUUGUUUGUUUAAGGGUAGAGACUAGGAUUUUAUUCACAUUUAUAAACAAAAAUAUAUAUAUAAGUUCAGUCCUAGUCAUGACGUCAGUUCUUAGGCUAACAAGACAGAGGAGGGGGGGGGGGGGGACUAAAAAUGAUUUAAAACGGUGAGCUUUUCAAGACCUAGCUUGUGCUUCAUGCAUUUUUGCAUUUUCUUGUUCUCUUUUUUUUGCAAGGUGAAAUUCACUUUUUUUUUCCUUCCUCUUAUUGUUGUUCUUAAUUCCUGCUGUUUUAAAGAUUUAAGCCAUUUUUUUCAUACUAAUUGAGCAGAGGCUAUGCUCAGUUGUCGUUCCAUUGUAUUGAGUCUAGGAAUUGAGAAUUUAAUUCUUGUAUAAUGUGAAGGAGGGUAUCGUCGCUGUACAAUAAUAAUAAUAAUAAAAAUGAAACCUUAUCUCUAAAAUUGAAAGCUUUUAAAAAAUGUAAGUUAAUGUAUAAUAACUAAUACAUUUUUAAAAAUUAAAUUAAUUUUAUUAAUUUACCCAACCCACUUAUUAGGACUCCCCCUAUCACUAGUGAUGCUCCCCAACACCGGAAGAGUGAAGACUAGCACAUGCCUCCUCCAAUACAUGUGAAGUCAGACCCCACCUCUUUUUGAGCAUUACUGAGGAAAGGACACUAGGAGGAAAGCGCAGCGACUCGGUUCUGAUACAUCAGCUCACAGAUGCAGCCUCGUGCUGAUCCACAUCACCCUAGAAGUGAUGAGGGGAGAGAGAGAGCACCAUCUACUGUACUGUACCCACCCAGAGAGAGCAAGACCAACUGUGUGCUCUCUCAGGGCUCUGGCAGCUGAUGGCAAGCUGCAUGAACGGGAUUUGUACCAGUGAUCUCCCGAUCGUAGAUAGAUAGAUCACUCUAAGGUAAUUUAAAGUAAUUUUAGUGCAUUUUUAUUGGGUCAUUCAUCCAGAAUUUUAGAUUUAUUUGCAGUGUACAAAAUAAGGAACAGGGUUCAUAUGAUUUAAAAAAACUAAAAGCAGACAAACAUUUAUUUAUUUUUGUUUAUUAUUGUUAUUGGACAGCAGCGAUUUCCCUUAAAAUGAAGUUUGCAAGUAAAAGCUGGAAGUUAGCAAGUGUGAGUGUGAUCGCAGAAAAGUGUAAAGAGUGACUGAUCUUCGUUUGCUGUGCUUGUGAGGAUGAGGAGGAGGAGGAUGACGAUGUGGAUGUUUGUCUUAAUGACCUGGAUGGAAGGACAUAUUUUACAUAUCAGACUUAUUUACCUUCUAUUUAUUUUCUGUAUUUUCUGAGCUUAAUGGUUAAAGUCUUACACAGUAAUGAACCUUAAUGAAAACUUGUGUAAAAAAACAAAUACUGAUGUACCUCAUGAGGUGUUGUAAGAAUGAAACAGUAUUACAAAUUUUAAUAUUUGAUCUGUCUUAAAAUCCUAAAAUUGUGAGUAUGCUAUGUUUAUGAAUAUGUCUCAGAGAUUUGUUUGAGAAUAAAAAGUUCAUAAAAGCUACUUUUAAUCCAAA